UGGGCAGCUGCCGCCGCUAAAACCUUCUGUGGGUCACACCCCCACUGCACAAACGAACUCAUCAAAACUCUGUCAGAAAACUCAUAAAAAUCAUUAAACGUCAAGUUAUUAAAAGUAUCUACGCAAAUACAAGCAACCCUGUAGUUUAUAUUUACUUGGAGUAUCCCGGAUAGGCUGUUAUAGGGGCAUAGACAGAUGCCGUGGUCACUGAUUAGUAUUGCGAGGACUUUUUCUUCAGUGAAGAUCUUGGCUGGAAAGAAUUUCUCUUCAUUUGGCGCUACGUUGAACCAGUGAUAGGUUGUGUCAGCGUGUUUGUGGAAAAACAUUAUGUGAAUGUUACUUGGCAAGAAGUUCAGAAUAAUCAUUGUCAGAAUAAAUAAAAUUUGAAUUAGUGAGAACGUAAAUGAAAAAGUAAAAAUUGUUUUAAAAAUAAAGGAUAAUAUCAAAUGGAUAGAUGGAGGAAAUUCCUUAUAUGCUAGUAUUUAUAACAUUUUGCCUACAUAUUUUCAUGUUCUUCUUGCCCGAUAUCAUAUUGACAGAUGCAAAUUUUCAGCCACACCAUAUCACACCACACGCACAUCACAUCAAGACGCGCGAGUCAACUAAUCAUAAAACAAACAAACAACAAACAACAGAUACGCAGCACAAUCUGCUUUACGGCUUCCCAGAGCGGCUGAAGAGGAAAGAAGGGUGAUCUCCAUCAUAUGCAUG